CCCUAACUUUAUACUUUACAAAUCUUUCCCCCUUUUUCUCUCUCUCUCCCCCCUUAAUUUCACCAUCUUUUUCUACAUCAUUCACUCAAUCUUUGAAAAUCUUGAAGAAUUUAUGAUACUGAUUUGUUGGUAAUCAAACCAAAGGCGUCAUCAAAGUGGGAACAGAGGGAAUUAAGAGAUGGGGAAGUACAUGAGGAAAGCUAAAUUGGCAGGAGACGUUGCGGCAGUGAUGGACGUUUCUCAGUCGUCUCUCGGCGUCCGAACGCGAGCCAAAACCCUAGCGUUGCAGAAACUUCAAGCUUCGAAAUCAACCACCUCAUCGCCACCGUCUCCRGUGCCGGAACACCGCCAUGAAUUGUCGUAUCUCCAGCUACGCAGUCGUAGGUUGGAGAAACCACCGUUUCAACCACUAACUUGCUGCAAUCAACAAAACCCUAACCCUAAUGAGGCCGGUUCGAGGCUGGUGAUGUGUUCAAGUGUUUCUGGUUCGGUCCAUUCGGUUUCAAUUGGUGAAGAACAUCAGAUUGUGUGCGAAAACCAAAUUAGAGCAGGUGAAGGAACAGAGGAGUCUUGUUAUUUUGGUGUUGAAGAAGCAUCUUUUGGGGAGGAUGAUAUUCAUUUUGGUGGCAGAGAGAGGAGCUCUCGAGAAAGCACUCCUUGUAGCUUGAUCAAGAGGGACUUGAAUGCCGUUGGCACCACCCGUUCUAGCACAAGGGCUAGAAAUCUAGAAGCUUCCAGUCGAAUGACCCAAAAUUCCAUCAGGAGUAUUCCUUUGGCACAGGAGAUUGAGGAGUUCUUUGCCCGCCAUGACCAGGAACAACAAAGACGGUUUGCUGAGAAGUACAACUUUGACAUGGUGAAUGAAAAGGCCCUGGAAGGACGUUACGAAUGGGUAAGAGUAGAAUCCCAAUAAGCAGGAUGGGAUGAAAUAUAUAUGAUAUGGAAUAUAAUUUGGAUUCAUGGAUGUUGGUGUAUUUCCGGUUAUACCCUUUGCUUCCUUGGUGAAAAUGAAAAGGAAGAAGGAACUCCAAAGUUGUGUAAUCAACUCUCUUAGGGGUAGAAUGGRAACGAAAGUGUAAGUUGGGUCUAGUUAGGGUGGUGUUGUCUUAGAUUUGCAAGUAAUAAAAUAAGUGGCAGAGUUAGUUUCAUGAAAGAGAUUCUUGUCAAUAAUACCAUUCAGCAGUAUCAGGUAAUCCAACGUUGUCAAGAAUUUCAAUUC